AUGUCGGCCGUGUGGAAGGUCGCCCUCGUCGGCCGCCGUGGGCUUGCCCUGGUUCCGGCGGUCCCGCAGCGAAGCCGCUUCUGCUCCGGUUCCGGAAGCUCCUCCGACAAGCCCAAGUCGGGCUUCGCGGCCGCCUUCACCUCCCAGUCGGAGCUCCGUCACCGCGAACCCUCUGCCGGAGCGUCGUCGGCCCGUGACGAAGAGUCCACCACGUUCGCUGAGCUCCUUCGCCGCAGCCCUCUGGUCCAGAUGGGACCGGGUAAAGACAAGACGGUGGUCGGGAAGAUAUUCCACGUCGUCGGCGACGACCUGUACGUCGACUUCGGCUCCAAGUUUCACGCCGUGUGUCGACGUCCGGCGUCCGGCGACAAGCUACAGAGGGGCGCCAGGGUUCGCCUGAGGCUCCACGACGCCGAGCUCACCGGACGCUUCCUCGGGGCCGACGCCGACGUCACCCUGCUGGAGGCACACGCCACCCUUCUCGGAGCCCUGGACACCGCCGGCAGGGACGGACCGAGCCGAUCCUGAACCGGCCGGCGUUGGAACGUCCACGCGUGGCGGUCACUUCCUUGACUCAGCAUGUCGUUGGCCAAGCUAGGCUGAUUCUAACAGAGCUGAUCUCAUGGAUCAAGUACAAAUGCUGCGUUCGAUGCGAAUGUCAACACCAAAGAUGGCUGAUCCCGACAGACUGUUUGUUCUUCCCAUUUUGGCAAGGUUUUCCUUCAUUUUUUUUUUAUAUAAAUAAAGGCAUGCAUCUUCAAAGUA